AUGGCAACACAAAAUAAUGGAACCUCCAUGAGUUUUGUCUUCAAAGUGGCCAUUAUGAUCUCUGUAAGUUUGCUUUCCAAAGCAGUACUUGCAGAUCAUCAAAGCAAUGACACAUCUCUUUUACAAACGAAACGGCCAGUAACUCCCAUGAAAGUGUCUUUCUUAUCUACACUUGGCCGCCGCCGUAAACCGUCACCGCCACCACCGCCUAUAACUUUUCAUCAUCGCAAUUGGCGUGGCCGUUGGCCAAGAUUACCGCCUCCGCCAGUGUCAUUUGAACAACCUCCACCGCCACCGUUUUCGCCGCCUCCGCCACCGCCACCGCCAACGAUCACCAAUUAUGUCAUGUCUCCGCCACCGCCACCACCGACGAUUACCAGUUAUGUCAUGACUCCGCCACCGCCACCGAUUAGCGAGAUGAGAGGGUAA